AUGAUACCGACUCUCCGGGUCCGGGUCUGUGAUAGAGCCGAGCGGCUCACACGGAGCAGGAAAACCAAGCAGAGCACGGGGGAAAAAUCCACAGCAGCCGGGGAUCAUGGCGGGGACAGCGGUACGUUACCUGCGGGGGGUCCGGGUCAUGGUUCGGCUCCGCUGGCCGUCACUUGUAGCUCCCUCAGCCGGACCCGCCACGUCCACCUCGGCAGAACAACCCGCCGCCUCGCCUCCUCUCCUCCCCUCCUCCUCUCCUCCCCUCUACCACUGACUAAUUCCGCUCCCUCCUCCUCCUUACCUUCCUCUCCUCCCUCUUUCUAA